GCGAGGUUGGCAACACCGGCGCCAAGCGAGGGCCAGGAGGGGGGUCGUUGUGGAGAACAGUUUGGGCAUGAAGUGACUCCUCCUUGAGCUGAAUUAGUGUGCGACAUGUCCUCCAAGUACAAGGCUUCUGAGGGAGACUGGGUGUGCGUGGACCCGAAGUGCUCCAAUGUGAACUUUGCCCGUCGCAGCACGUGCAACAGGUGUGGCAAAGAGCGCAGUGGGUCAGGUGGCAGCAGCGCAGAGAAGAAACGGCAGCUAGGGAUGGAGAUUGGCAAGGCUGCAGCAGAAAAGUCCCACGGGCUGUUCAGUGCAGACGACUGGCAGUGCAGCAAGUGUGGCAACGUGAACUGGGCGAGGCGUCAGACGUGUAACAUGUGCAAUGCACCCAAGUUUGGGGACCUGGAGGAGAGGACAGGGUAUGGAGGUGGCUUCAACGAGCGUGAGGGUGUGGAGUACAUCCAGCGUGAGGAAUCCGAUGAUGAGUUUGACGAGUUUGGCCGCAAGAAGAAGAAGUUCCGGAAUAAAAUGCCCCCAUCUUCUGAUAAUAGGAAACAUGUAGCGCCUGCCAAUGAUGAUGACGAUGAUGAUGAGGAUGAAGAUGAUGAUGAUGGUGAUCUCUCCAAAUAUGACAUCUGGAAUGACGAGGACGAUGACGACAAGAGUGAUGCGAAGGAUGAUAAGAAGAGGAACGGGAAGACUGACGACUCCCCACACAAGGGUCGGCGUUCCCGCUCCAGGUCUCGCUCUUACUCCAGGGGUCGACGCAGCUCCCGGUCCUACUCCAGGUCACGCUCCAGUUCAUCAGGCUCCUCUAGAUCCAGGUCCAGAUCUUCACGGUCGUCCUCAAGGUCCUGGUCCAAGUCAAGGCGGCGGCACAACAGCACCUCCAGCUCCAAGUCCCGAUCGCCGCGGUCUCGCAGGUCGCGACGGACCAGGUCAAGGUCUGGGGAUCGUUCAGGCUCCAAGAGGAGGCGGAUAUCACGUCACAGCAGGACGCGGUCACGCUCCAGGUCGAGGUCAUAUUCAAGGGACCGGAAAUAUUCCAGAAAGUAAUGCUAGUGUGGAGUGGGAGUGGUGGCAACUCAAGCAGCAGGAACAGCAGCAGCAGCAGCAGCAGCAGGAGCAGAACCCCAUUGCCCCCUCCCCCUCACACACACAUACGUACACACACACCUGCAGCAAUCGCAGGUGUGUAGCAGUAUUUUGUCUUUCCAUGGAUUAACUCAAACUGGUCUUUUUUCAACCAUCUCUCUCUCUCUCUCUCUCUCUCUCUCUCUCUCUCUCUCUCUCUCUCUCUCUCUCUCUCUCUCUCUCUCUCUCUCUCUCUCUCUCUCUCUCUCUCUCUCUCUCUCUCUCUCUCUCUCUCUCUCUCUCUCUCUCUCUCUCUCUAGUCUGCACAGAUACCAUGUUUACUAAUUAAUUGGUUGGAAAUUGUCUCUAUUCCUAUGGAGAUGAAUAACGUUAGGGAAGAACACAUGCAUAUGCAACUCCUGAUAAAGAAUGCGCUCUCACUCGGCUUGUGCAGACAUCAUGCACCACUCGGGGGCAUUACUGUCAAGACGUGCGGCGGUGUGUGAAACCUCUCAUUACCUAUCCCAGACUAUGCAAAUGUGUAUCAGUUGUAGCAUAAGGAAGGUAGUUAAGUAAGUGUGCUCAGUGAUGUGUAAGUGAAGCAGGCAUCCUGAUGGCCCAACCCACUGCAGCUGGAGGCACCAGGAACAUGUGCAUCAAGUGUCCCGAGUGAUUGGGAGAAAACAUUGUGAGGGAGUCUCUCCCCAACGACGCUUCUGUUUGUCCUUCCCUGCUUGUGUGUGGCAGAUGCGGGUGCUUACUGUUCAUUGGCUGAAGGGAGAAAGGAGGGAGGGAGGGCAGUAAUUGCUGAUUCCACCCUUGCACACAGCUUGGUGGGAUGAAGGGAUGUGGUGAGGGUAAAAACAGAGCAGAGUUCACCAUUGCUUGAAAAAAGGGGUUUUAUCUUAAGUAUUUUAACCCUUCGACUGUCAGGUGAUUACUGUAUGACACUUGUUACUUCCUUCAAGUAACUGUUGAGGAUUUUUACUUAUUAAAGAGGAAAUAGCACAGAGAAGUUAUGACAACUUGAUCAUUCCUCUCAGACUUAUAAUAAUAAACUUAUUCCAGAACAUUUCAUUAAGUUUAUGUGGAAGUCAUUGCAGUUAAGACGAGAUUGUUCAGUGUUUGAGAGGUUUUAACGAAGCAAGCGAGUAAGUGUCUUUACCUCUUACUCAAGUACUUCUGACGAUGUGGUUAGCUUUAGAUAUGUCACCAUUCGUAGUAAGUUUUCCACACUUGCAUUUCUGGGACAUGUGCUGUAUGUUAAGGGCAUGCUUUCAUCCUUCAGAGACUUCUUGUGUAGUAAGGAGUAAGACCUAGAGUAAGGUGUUGUUGUAAGUAAGGCUUGGUGGUGCUGUGGGAGUCUCUCUGGCCACAGCACUGCUCUCGCCUCCUGUUCCACAUGGACUGUGAGACUUUUUUGAAGCAGGGAUCUACACACUACAAUCUUCCUCACUGCCACUACAUAAUUUGGCUCUCGGUUUAUAGUCAAAUUUUACGACAACUACAAACAUGACCAUUGUGAAUGCAUAUUCCUGUAUUGAAAGACACAUGUACAAAUGCUUAAGAAAUUAGACACAACAGGAGAGAAUUCACUUGUGAAACCAGAUCUGUUAGUUUUCAUUAAAUUAGAGUGUUAGAAAGGAGUCAUUUAACACAAUUAAUUAAUCUUUUGCUUGGCUGAGACAGGAGAGGAUGUAUGGAGAUACAAGUUCUUAGAAUGUAGGACAGGAUGCUAAAUGCUGGGAUGAGAAAGAUUAGUGUCAGUGUAAUCUCCUCCCUAUAAAGUCAAGGGUUGGGUUUCGAUGCAAGGGGAGGGAAUGAGGAAGAGAUACAUACAGGACUUUGAGGCAUCCAAUAAAUACAUUUAGGUUGGGGAAUGGAUGUAUUUUUUUCCAGGGGGGUUGUUAAGUGUGUUCCUCAUCCCUAACUAUGGUAUAUGUAGCCACACAGACAUCACAGAGGCGCGCGCGCACACACACACACACACACACACACACACACACACACACACACACACACACACACACACACACACACACACACACACACACACACACACACACACACACACACACACACACACACACACACACACACACACACAGAUACGUGCAUUGUUGACUUGCCAUUCUUUUCUCAUGUUUGACAAUGAUUCCUGAAGCAACAUUGUGGUUCCUGGUUACAUUUACUUUGCAGCAGGACUCUCAUUGUUUCAAGUCCCAUCACAGACUGUUGGAUAUCCCCCUCCCAUUGACUGGCCAUGCGUACUCUUAUGUAACAGUUUCCUUUGACGUUAUGCAUUUCCCUUCCAUUGAACACGAAUCAGUGCUCACAGGUCCUUAUGAGGUUAGUUUUAAGAGCAACCCACCCACCACUCACCCAGUUUGUGUAUUAAUUGAAGAUCCAUAUGUAGUUUGCCUUGUAAAGGAGAUACUCGUUAUUAACAUCCGAUGGUUCAGUCGCCGUCAGUCGUCAAGUAAGUUCCUGCUCUCCCUUCACUGUGUUGUGACUCACUUCAGUGUUGAGUCUCCAGGCUGCAGACACUCCAUAUGAACCCUGACAAGUGACAGAGUCCAAGCAGUGCAGCAGACUCAUCACUGGGGAACACAAAACACUUGGGAGUGAGUAAGGUUUGUUACUUGACUGUUGACCAAGAUCAAGUGCAGUCAGCUGUACUGAGUGUUGUCACACUUCUCAGAGGGUUUCACCAGAUGAUGGCUCCCGUCUUUUACUGGUGAGUGUUUCAGUAUGUAUAUGUGAGUACAUUCUUUCAAUUAUUUUAUUGUGAAAUGUAACAUUGUACAGGAUACUUUGAUUAAAUUGUAUUCUUGUGAAUUUAUUUUAUAUAUGAUUAUGGUUGUAUAACUAAAACCUAGCUGACCCUAGAGAUGAGAUACCACACACAUUUAUCUAUACAUUAUUUAUAUAGUUCCUUUGGAAGUUGAUGAAUUAUAUAUAGUAUUGUUCUUAUCGAGAUUUGAACAGAAGAAUGAAUUACAUGUUGAAAAGUUUCAACAAGGCCUUGGAAAUAAAUCCUUUUAGAGAACAAGUAAAAACAACAGAUUUGUUUUAUAAAUCGGUUUAUUUGUAAUGACAGUCACAGUAAUAGUUGUAUUUUUAUAAGAAACAAGUCAUGAUGAGCCAAUUGCCAUAAUGUAAGAUGUUGGAUGAAGCUCACAGGACGGAGUGACAACACUUGGUGUGGGUGAGUGUACACGCAAGACUGAUGCGUCUACAUCCAUUCUGCACGAUACUUAGCUGUUGAUAGCUUGCCACAUUUUCACAGUUAAGAAGUUACCAGGCAUUCACUGGUUCCUAGACUGUUUUGUGUAUGUACAUACACUCAGUUCACCUUGCUAUACAGUUCCCUGAGGUGGCUAAGAGUUGUCUUCAAUAGGUUCAACUCAUCCUGGGAUGGCAAGAUGGUAAGGAGACUUGAGCUGAAGCAGGAGAACUGUAUAUUCUUACAUCUCAACUAUAAUUAUUUUCAGUGAGAAUAUAUUAGUUAAUUUGUACUUGAAACAAGAGGAUAUGGAACUCCUACCUCAGUCUGAAUCUUCCUAUCACCUUCCCCACUUAUUUAACUCAUCUUAAGGCAUCAUCUCAGUACACAUCCACUGACACACUCACUCAGACACUUGCUGUAAAGGCCACAUUGGGGAGUCUCACAGAAACAGGCCAUCAGAACCAGAGUGUCUUGAGGGUUUGCUUAUGUGUGUAUUCCCAUCACCACAUUCUUCAUCUAGACUUAAUGCAGUCAUCCAUACCAUCCCUUAUUUUGACCUUCAAGAAAUCAGAGUGUUUCAGGGCUCAGAUAAAGGGUCAGACCAGAGUAUCAGUAGCGGUGGUGGUGUCCCUUUGGCUCCACUCGGGGUCAAGGUGUGUUGAUGUAUACUAUUACUACUUAGCAGUGUAACAGACUAUCUCAUGUGCUUGAGUGUCCUGUAAAGGCAGCAACAGUGGCCAGUUUCUAUACCUUUUGAGUACAUAGAGCUGAUUCCUCUAGGCUCUGCAGUGGAGUCCAAGCCUCCCUGAACUGCUAACACUGCUUGACGACUGUGUAGCGCUGUAUUUGUUUCAAGAUCAACCUUCAUAUUCAUGCAAACACCUCAUUGAAGUUUGAUUUACAUCCCUGUAUUACAUAUAAUGUGAACAUUUAUUCCCUGUGGAGAUUAAUUUGUGUUGAAAUAAAAAAAAAUAUACCA